AUGUCACUAAAUAUCCCCAAUGCGCCCAACGCGGGCUUGUUCAAGCAGGGCUACAACAACUACGAUUCCGAAGAUGGUGCUGUCCUGCGCAACAUCGACGCCUGCCGGGCCAUCUCGUCGACCGUCCAAACGUCGCUGGGCCCCUACGGCCGCAACAAGAUCGUCAUCAACCACCUGCAAAAGAUGAUCCUCACCUCCGACGCUGCCACGAUCCUCCGCGAACUUGAUGUUGUACACCCCGCCGCCAAGUUGCUGGUCAUGGCCAGCCAACAGCAAGAGUCCGAGAUGGGCGAUGCCACAAACCUCGUCAUCGUCCUAGCCGGCGAGCUGCUCAAGAAGGCCGAGGACCUGCUGCGCAUGGGGCUAAAGGCGUCGGAUAUCGUCACGGGAUACGAGCGGGCACAAAAGAUCGCCCUUGAGACGCUCGAGGAGCUCGAGGUCGACAAGGUGGAGGAUCUGCGGUCGCAGGAGCAGCUCAGCAAGGCCGUACGGACAGUCAUCGCGAGCAAGCAGAAUGGUAACGAGGAGUUUCUCUCGAAACUCGUCGCCGAGGCUGUCCUCUCGGUGCUGCCCAAGAACCCGGCCAACUUCAACGUCGACAACGUGCGUGUGGUCAAGAUCCUGGGCGGGAGCCUCGAGCAGAGCCGGGUCGUGCGCGGCAUGGUGUUCCCCAAGGAGCCCAAUGGGUCGGUCAAGAAGGCGAAGAAGGCCAAGGUCGGUGUCUUCACCUGCCCCAUCGACAUCACCCAGACCGAGACCAAGGGCACCGUGCUCCUGCACAACGCCCAGGAGAUGCUCGACUUCACCAAGGGCGAGGAGGAGCGCCUCGAGGCCGCCAUCAAGGAGCUACACGACGUCGGCCUCCGCGUCGUCGUCGCCGGGUCCACCGUCGGCGACCUAGCCAUGCACUACCUCAACCGCUACGGCAUCCUGACCAUCAAGAUCCUCAGCAAGUUCGAGCUGCGCCGCGUGUGCCGCGUCGUCGGCGCUACCCCGCUGGCCCGCCUCGGCGCCCCGAUGCCCGACGAGAUGGGCAACAUCGACGUGGUCGAGACGGAGGAGAUCGGCGGCGACCGCGUGACUGUCUUCCGCCAGGAGGACGAGGCCACGCGGACCGCAACGCUGGUCCUCCGCGGUGCCACCCAGAACCACCUCGACGACAUCGAGCGCGCUGUCGACGACGGUGUCAACGUCAUCAAGGCCAUCACCAAGGACCCCCGCCUGGUCCCCGGUGCCGGCGCCACAGAGGUUGAGCUGGUUGAGAGGAUACAGGCCAUCGGUGACAAGACCCAGGGCCUGGCGCAGUACUCUAUCAAGAAGUUUGGCGAGGCCUUUGAGGUUGUCCCGCGGACGCUGGCUGAGAGCGCUGGGUUGGACGCCACCGAGGUGCUCAGCCGGUUGUACGCCGCUCAUCAGAAAUCGGACAGCUGGUCCACGGGUGUCGACAUCGAGAACCAGGACAACUCAGGGACGCUUGACGCCGAGGACGAAGGUAUCCUCGACCUGCUCGUGAGCAAGCAGUGGGCCAUCAAGCUGGCCACCGAAGCCGCCCGGACAGUCCUGUCCGUCGACCAGAUCAUUGUUGCCCGCCAAGCCGGCGGGCCGAAGCCGCCUGGACCUAACCCGAACUGGGACGAGGACUGA